CCCAUGGUCCCACGGCCACGCCCAGCGCAGGGCGGGGCGGCAGCGACCGCCCGCGGCCAUCAUGGCUGCGCUGGCAACGGUUUGCGCGGCGGCCGCCGGGCAGCAGCAGAAUGACAGUUUUUUCAGUGCUGCAGGUGCUGCUCGACAAUUUCAGAACUGCAAGAUGAAAGCUGAACAAGCUAAGAAAACAGAAUUUGUAAGAAUAGCAGAAAAUCUAAGAACUCAGCUUGCAAAUAUAGAAAAGGACAGAAAUGGACAUCUUUACAAUAAGAAGAGUAAUUCCAGAGCAGAAUACAGCAUUCUAGAAGAACUGGAACAUAAAAUGUCUGUCAACAGGAAAACUGAAAAAACUAAAAUCCUGCAGCAGCUAACAAAAAUACAUAAUAAUGUGAAGAGACUUCAGCGACAAUUAGAAGACGUGAAACCUACAUCAGAAUUUGUUGACAAGCUCGAGGAAACGUUGGAAGAAAUUGAAAAUGCAGUCAACACUUUUAAAGACGACCAGAGACAGAUAUACGAACAGCUUCUGAAGGAUGAAAAAACUGUGGUUAAUGAGCUCAGCAUCUUCGAGAAAAAAGUGGAAUUGUGGGCAACAGGCAACACAACAACAGAAAAAGUUUUGAAAUUACCGUCAGCUAGGAUCUCUGUUGAUAAAACACUGCAAAAUCAUCUACCUGAAGAAGUUGUAGAGUUUGAAAGAUUUCUGCAGCAAACAGGGGGGAGGCAAGGAGGCUGGGAUGAUUAUGAUCAUCAGAAUUUUCUUAAAGUAUGGACAAAACACAGAGGAAGGCUGUCCUACGUGGAUGAAGCCCUUGAGUAUCUCUGUGGAAGAACAAAAGAAGAUGUUGAACAACACGACAUAUGGUAUCGAGAAUUUCUCAUUUUACAAGACAGAAAAAAAGAGUCAAUUAAGAAAUGGAAAGAAAAACAGCAGCGAGAAAAAGAAGAAAAUUUGAAGAAGAAAGAGAAAUCAGAAAAGACUGUUCAAAGGCUUCAGUGUGAAGAAGAUCAGAAGAGAAAAGCAGAAGAAAGAAAAAGACAACAGACAGCAAUUUCCGCAUGGAAAAAACAGAAAGCAGUACAUCUGCAAUGGAACAAGCAUCACAAGUAAAACUAGACAAAGAGAAGGAGAAGAAGAAACUAAAUGAAUGCCAGCACCAAUGCCGCACGAAGUUACUGGGGGAAAAGAAUACCUUGCAGAAGAAAGAGGAGGAGGAACUCAAAAAGCUUGAAAAGGAGGAGAACAG